UUGGACCCGAGUGUUUCAGUGGGGGAGUUAGACGUUCAAUACAUUCUGCAACUAGUUCCUUGUUAGGAGCACGAGGGCUGUAAAUCAAUUUGGAUUUGCUCUCACGGUCUGGUGAAUGAUCUGUCACAGGUUUCACUUCCCUCUUUCACUCCAGCUCAGGAGCUGCUGCUUUCCUGACAAACAGAGAAGCAGAGACAGAGAAGGAAGGCAUUACUGCAACGUUUCAAGACACACAGCUCUUUCAGUAAAUCGAGACGGCUCGUCUUAAACAUCACUGAAGACAGAGUGUAUUACAUGUCACAUGGCGCGUGUUUGGGACGGAGUGGACAUGCUGUCUCUGUGGUAUGUGUCGGCUCUGCUCAUCUUUCUCUCUCCGGAGGCUUCGGGAACUAACCCCGGGGUUAAAGUGAGACUCACUCAGCAUGGCCUGGAGUAUGGUCGCCAGAUUGGCAUCAUCACCUUACAGGAGAAGCUGAAAACCCUUAAAAUCCCAGAUCUGAGCGGCUCGGAGAAAGUGUCUCCCAUCGGCAAAGUCUCGUACAGUCUGACAGGCAUACGGAUCUUGGAUCUCGGCUUGCCUAAGUCUGGGGUGGGGUUAGUACCUGGCACCGGGGUGAGUCUGUUCAUCGGCGAUGCCUACAUUAACCUGCACGGCAACUGGAGAGUCAAGUACCUGAGAAUCAUAAAGGACAGCGGUUCAUUCGACCUGUCCGUCAAAAAACUCAGCAUCAGCGUCACCAUCGGGGUUAAAGGCGAUGACACGGGACGGCCGACGGUCAGCAGCGCUAACUGUGCAGCCUCUGUUGGUGACGUCAGUAUCAAGUUUCAUGGAGGUGCCAGCUGGCUGUAUAACCUGUUCAAGAGCUACGUCGAUAAGGCUCUGCGCAAAGCGCUACAGAAUCAGAUCUGUUCUCUGGUGGCUCAAGCCAUAGACGAGAUGAAUCCCCAUCUGAAAACUCUAAACGUUCUUGCGCCAGUUGACAAGUACGCCGAAAUCGAGUAUUCCAUGGUGGAGUCUCCACUCAUUUCGAAUUCCAGCAUCGAUCUCAGCUUAAAGGGCGAGUUCUACAACAUUGGGCAUCACCAGGAGCCUCCGUUCUCCCCGACACCCUUCUCUCUGCCUGAUCAGGACACCAACAUGCUGUACAUCGCGUUAUCAGCUUUCACCCUGAACUCAGCCGGCUUCGUGUACAACAACGCCGGAGUGCUGAGUCUCUACAUAACAGACGACAUGAUCCCAUCUGGUUUUCCUAUUCGACUGAACACAAGGACAUUUGGGACUUUCAUUCCACAAAUUGCUAAGCAGUACCCUGGCCUGAUGAUGAAGCUCCUGGUGAAGGCUGUGAAGGAGCCGGACAUCACAUUUCAGCCCAACAACGUGACGGUUCGGGUGAGCAGCACCGUUACAGCCUACGCUAUUCAGCCCAACGCCACACUGUCUCUGGUGUUCAUCCUCAGCGUGAAUGCCAGCGUGAGCGCUCAGAUUUACGUCAGCGGCCUCAAAGUGGCUGGAGUUUUGAGUCUCAAUGGAAUGGACAUGGCAUUAAUGACAAGUUACGUGGGACCGUUUCAGGUGAAGUCACUGGACAGUGUUUUCAACAUGAUCUUGAAAGUUGUUGUGAUUCCCAAAGUGAACUCUUACUUGAAGCAAGGUUACCCUCUGCCUUCCAUUGGAAAAAUGAAUUUGCUCAACACUCAGCUUCAAAUCCUGAAGGAUCAUGUGUUGAUCGGAACAGACGUCCAGUUCGGUCCAUGAGCCUUAUCUGAUGUCUUCUAACGGCGGACUCCUGUGUUUUCAACUGUUCAAAUCCUUUCUGUGUAACAAUCCAUAACCUUUGUACGAGUCCAUGUAUACAUAAAUAAACAUGUGAUAUUUCUUUGGC